AUGGCGAACAAGCUCUUCCUCGUUUCCGCAACUCUCGCCUUCUUCUUCCUUCUCGCCAACGCCUCCAUCUACCGCACGGUCGUCGAGUUCGACGAAGAUGACUCCACCAACCAAAUAGGCCCAUUUGGCCCACAACGGAAAUGCCAGAAGGAGUUUAGGCAAGCAGAGCACCUAAGAGCAUGCCAGCAAUGGAUCCACAAGAAGGCGACGAGACCCGGUGGUGGACCCAGCUGGGCCCUAGACGACGAGUUCGAUUUCGAAGACGACGUCGACAUGGAGAACCAACAGGGCCCACAGCAGAGACCUCCCCUACUCCAGCAGUGCUGCAGCGAGCUUCACCAGGAAGAGCCAGAAUGCGUUUGCAGGACCUUGAAGCGAGCGGCCAAAGCGGUUAGAUCGCAGGUGCAACAGGGACAACAGCAGGGACACCCACAAGUAGUGAGACGUAUCUUCAGCACCGCUCAGCACUUGCCUAACAGAUGCGGCAUCCCACAAGUUGGCGUUUGUCCCUUCAAGCAGACCAUGCCUUUCUUCCCUCCCUACUACUAA